AAUAUGGUUCUGGACCAUAUAUCUCUUAAUCAUACAGAGUUUUAUUCACUUUAAACAAGAUAACAAGACCCCAUCAAAGAACAAAUUCCACAAAAACUUGAGAGUUAAUGAAUAAAAUUGAUAACCUGGAAUGUUGGAUCAUUUAAACAAAUUGCAUGUAAUAAAAUUAAAAAACAAAAGGAUCAUCUUAAAAGCUUGCAAGAGGUGAGAAGCAAGGCAAUAUAUAAAAGAGAUUCAGUCAAAUACAAAUAUUACCAAAAAUAAUAUGGUAAUAAAAAGAACAUAAUAGGUAUUAACAAUCAAUUACAAAGUAAGGACAUUACAUCUUUUUACUUCAAGGAUUAUUAUUAAGAUGACAAUUUACUAGAUAUAAUUGCACUAUUAAUUAUAAACCCUCUAAUUCUUAUACACGUUUAUUUCCACAGAUAAAGCCAAUAUAAACACUACUUUUAGGCCAAAGGGACUGAUAUUGUUUUUAAAUUAUAAGAUAAUUAACAGCUUAUUAUCUGGGAAAAUCUUGGCAUACACUAAAUGACUGAUAUAACCUCAGAAAUGAUUACAUUCACAAGAAUGUAAAUUAAUAGAAUCAUUAAGAUAAUGGAUUUAUUUCAUUAUAGGCAUAUUUAAAUCAUUCUUCAACAUAAAACACUUCAAGUUAGAAUUAUAAUCAUUAUUAAUUUUUUGCAAUAAAUAUAAUUUUAAUAUUUAAUGAUUUUUUUAUUUAUCAUACAUUUAGUUAGUUGCAAGAUUAAUUAUGAUAAAGGAGUUUUCAAAAAAAUGGAUAUAGGACCUGAUGCUACUUUUGAUUGCAGAAAUGAGUUAGAAAGAACUUUUAUUAUUCCCUUUUCAGAUUCCUUUGAAAAUAUCCCUUAAGUCUUUUUUUUUUGGAAUUUUUUAUGUUUGAACACAUUUUCUGAAUUUCAAAUAGAAAUUAAAUAGAUUAGUCUUAUUAGUAUUACAUUUAAUAAUUUGAUUUAGAUUUCAUAUUAUUUGUCAAGUGUCCUUUACCAACAGGAUAGGUAAGAUCAGUAAUGAUUAAUUGGUAUGCUAUCGAUGAUUAAAGAAUAGAAAUUAUUAAUUCUUUUAAUAUGGAAAAGCCAAAAAAUUAAACCCAUCUUCAUAAAAAUCCAAAUGCUUAGGUUGCUAUUUUAUCUUUAACAAGUUUUGGUUUUGAAGGACCCUUAGAGUUUCUUAUUUCAAUAGCCAGUAAUUAAUUAUUCAAGAUAGACCUUACUGAAACCUUUGUUUAAGUAGAAAUAUCAAAUCCAACAGAAAAGUUGAACAAUUUAAAACAUUUAGGCUAUUAAAUAAUUAUAGGGAUAAAGGAAGCAUUUUUAGAUUUGGGAUUAGAGACAGUCUCUCAAAAUUCUACAUUUGGUUAUGUUCCUUAAGUCAACUCCUGGUUUAUUACACCUUAUUAAGGAUUCAUUUAUGAUCACUCAUUUGCUAUAAGGCUUCAAACCAUAUUUUAUUCCAAUAAUUCAUAUACUUUUUAAACUUGUAUUAAAAUUUAUAAAUUAGGGACUUUUCCAUAUUUUGUUCCAUUUACUUAUAGAAAAGUAUGGAUUUCAUUUUCUUUUCAAGUAACUUUUUAUUCUAUUGAACUUAAAAAUUUAAUUAUAACUUCGAGAUAAGAAGAAAUUACAACAUUAAAUCCAUACUUCAAUAUUUAUAUAAUCUAAAACUAAAGCAUUUUUAAUACCUAAGGCACAUAUACAUCAAUAAUUAAUAAAUUACAUUAAGAAAUAGAUUUAAGUAUCACAGUAAAGUGCUCUCCAAAUUAUAUAGUGAAAAGCCAAUUUUUUAAAAUCUCAAAGACUUAUAAAUUUAGUCAUUAGUGUUUGCCAAUAGAAUAUAAUUUAAAAUAUAUUGCUAACAUGAAGCUUUCUAAAAAUUAAGUAUUAUUAUCGAAGAAUUUAGCAUUUAAGUAAAACAAAUACUUUAUAAUCAAAUAUAAUAAGAGAUUGUACUUAUUAAGAUUGA